GUCAAAGAUACACCAUUUGCCUACAAGCCUUCGUCGAGCGAACAGCUUUUCAGCCUCACAGCUCGAAGAAAUCAGCGGAGAGACAAAACUGAAGAAUAUUUUAACGAGCAGGUUAGGAGAGAGAAGUGGACCAUGUCUGAACACGUCAGGCCGAGUUCAGUGAAGCCCAAAGAUUCGAGGAGCUCCGUCUCCUCCCAGGAGCUCACCGAGGAAAUCGACCACGCCCUGCCAGAGAAGAGGGUGAAGUCUGACAACGACUGGAACUAUAUAGAACAGUUUGUUAGGGAGGAGCUCAGCCCCUCUCCUUGUUCAUUUCCGACGCGUCCUCUUCCUCCACAAAUCACAGAAUGUCAUUACUCUGUGAUCCGGAUGAGUUCGGGGAAUAAGGAGGAUUUAGAGAGAUCUGUCUCAGAGAGCAGCCUAAUCCUAACAACGAAGAAGGAAGUGCUCAAAACGUGGGAGUUUGUAGACGGCCUUCUUACGGAGAGUUUAAGGAGUGAUGAAGAUUCAGAGAACUCUGCCUCUAGUAAGAAGUUCAAGGAAGAAAUGAACUCGACCCUGCAAGAGGAGCUUGAAAACGAAAACUGGACCGACAGAGACAAUAUGGAAGACCUUCUUAGGAAGAAGCAGCUCCUCCCUCCUCCUCUAUUACUGACACCUUACACUUCGCCUGCCUGGCUUGCUCCACCACAGUCCCACACCAACACCGUACUGACUCAGGGUGGAGUUCAAGAGCACAUGUUCAUGCCUCCACCUCCAACAUUUACUCAUCAUGCUCCUCUUCGUGCUCAUCCGCCUGUCAUCCGUGCUCCACCAGGGGUCACCAGUUACACCAACGCUGCAUUCAGUCGGGGAGCACAACAUCAUCACAUGUUCAGGCCUCCACCUCCAACAUUUACCCAUCAUGCUCCUCCUGCUCUUCUUGUACUGCCUGCCGUACAGCAGAUGACGAUCCAACCUCCUGCCCAGCCGGCAGGGGGCGAUGAUAGCCAGGGACCGAUUCUGCACGAUGUACCCAUACAUCAUCUACCUGAAAAUGUAACGCUACAACCAGUUGGAGUCCUGAAUGGAGAAAUCUUGUACAAGGCUGUCCAGACUCCUCUGAAUGUCAACACCUCAAAACGAGUCAGAGUCAAGCCGGAUGACGGCCGACCCUACGUUAAAAAGCCACCAAACGCCUUCAUGAUUUUCCAGAAGGAGCUGAGACCACAGGUGGUGUCGGAGCUCAAUACCAACAGAAGUGAUAUGGUGAAUAAAGUCAUGGGAGAAAAGUGGAACAGUUUGCCAGUCGAGGUGAAGGCCAAAUAUUUUGAGAAGGCCAGACUGGAACAAAAGCUCCAUCAGCAGCAACACCCUGGUUGGUCCCCCAAUGAUAACCAUGGCAAGAGGAAAUGGGCAAAAAUUAAGACGAGCAGCAGCAGCAGCAGCAGCAGCAGCAGCAACAGCAGCUGCAGCAACAGCAGCAAUACAGCCUACACUCCAAGGCCAGUCCCAUUUCUCCACUUAAUCCCAGACUCCGCCUCACAGUCGGCCCAAUUCCACCGAGAGCCCAACUCCAGCGAGAGCCCAACUCCAGCGAGAGCCCAACUCCAGCGAGAGCCCAACUCCAGCGAGAGCCCAACUCCAGCGAGAGCCCAACUCCAGCGAGAGCCCAACUCCAGCAAGGGCCCAAAGAAGACUGAUUGAAGACUCCUCUUCUAGUUAUAACAAUUAAAGUGUUUUGUUUUGCAU